CAGUUGAUGGAUUUUUUUAAAGAAGAGCAUUAAUAUUCUUUUUUUACACCGACUCAAGCUCCUCUCAGUUAGUGAAAAAUUGAUAUCCCUUCAUAAAGGGCCGUAUAAGACUGUGACUGGACACUGCAGACUUAUCGACCCAUCAGGUGAAAGCCUGAUAAAUGUUGGAGCCCCCUGUUGAAGGUUGUAGGAGAGGCUUUGCGACUUUAAAUGAACCCUAAUCAGAAGCUGACAUAAAAUAAUAAUGAGGAAUGUCUCAGCUGCAUAAAGCACACUUUGUGUCCUAAAUUGAAGCUCAGACACAGCUUAAGUUUUAAUACAACAAGGUGAUGUGGUUUUAAAGGAAGGAAGUCAGCAAAUAUAGAAACAACAAACAUACACAGAAGACAAUGUAAAUAUAAUAUAGACAAAUGUAAAUAGAAUCACAAAUCAAUGACAAUAAAUUAUUUAAUGACACAUGUCUGUCUCGCGCUUGCUUAUUCACACAAAUACAGAUUUUGUAAUGUCCUACGAGAAGCAAAGGCAUCAUAAGUGGAGCCUCCCCACAGUGAGUGAGGCAGGAAGCAUCACUGAUGCGUUUCACCUGUGCAGAGGUGAUUACCUGCUGUAUAAAACAGCUGCUGACGCCUGAGUGAAGCAGUCAGCUCUUUUGUGUCGGAGCUGGUUUGUUGGUGGUAGGUCUUGCUGGGGGUUUCAAUGCCAAGCUCUGGUUGGGUUCAGUAAAUUUUUUUGUUUUUGCAUGGUUACAUUGACACUGCAACAUGUGGCGGCUUAAAAACAUGUAAGUUUAAGUUUAGUCUUGUUUAGUUUUCUGACGGUUACUCUAAUUUUUCUAAAAUGUGCAUUUUUUUUUUCCCCCCUUCCCUCUUCAAGUUUAUUAUGGAACUUGAUGGCUGCAGUAAUUGUUUUGGGUCAAGCAUGGCCAAAUACGAAGCUCGCUUCACAGUCAAGCAGUGGUUUAAAGGCAGACUGUUUAGGAAAUCUAAUGAGGCUGUCAAUGGAUGAGGCUCUAGCAGUGGGGAACCAGCUUGUAGUGGAAGCCAUCAAUGGCACCCAGCGUGUCUUGUUGACGCCCACCUUGGCUGCUCAGUGUGGGUACAGCAUGGAGUCUGACCCCUGGGGUAACACAAGAAUCUACACGUCUCUAAUGGGCUGCUUUGUGGACAACAAGGAUGAUGCAACAUUUAACAUUGGCUUGAAACUCCAAAUGUACAGCCAGAGGCCAUCAGAUGUGGUAACUCAUGAAGUGAGUCAGACGUGCAGCUACACUCGCUGGGCCCCUAAAGAGGUUCUCUGUGAAAGGAACUACAUGGAAGUGUCAAACUACUUGAUGAAAGCUAAUCCACAAACUAAGCGGCCGGCUCACGAUCAAAACGUUGACUCAUAUCUGCUUGAGGACUCUGGUGCAUCACAUGGUAUCUGGAAGAUGACAUUUUUCACCCCUGAACCAGUGGUAAUGGUGCCGAGGGAGGCUGAACAAGCUGGCUACAGUGCAAUGACUACCUCUAACAGACUGAUUAUGCGAAGCCCUUACAAUACACCAGAGACCUUCUCAGAGGAUGUGGCUGGAAUCCCCAUGGAAAUCUUCAAGGUGAGCGUCUACAACAAGGCAGAAAGUGGUCUGGGUAUCGUGAACUUGGCGGCAGCUUGUCCCACAGGGGGCGUACUCUUCACUGAGAGUGUGAUCUCUUGGUACAUCCCUCGCCGCAUGACCCCUCUAAUGGACGGCACAUUCAGAAUUGUAGAGAUGCACAUGGGCAUCAAUGGGCAGAGGCUGGAUAGGUCUCAGAUGGCUGCGAGAGGGUACACACUAUCCACCACAGACUUUCACAUUGUUGCCGAGAUCCCAGUGGGCUCACCCGAUGGUUACUACAAGAGUCAUGCCCCAGAAUACCAGUACCAUGUCACCUACACUGUGGAGCCGAUGCUUGAGGUACUCUGGAGGGCAGAUGGGACCCAAGAUGAUAUAAAAUACAAGGUUUUGUUCCCCAUUACAACGCCUCUGAUGCCCAGACUUCCCCAUGUAGAAGAUUAUACGGUUCCAGAGGACGGUGUGUUUAGCGUCAAGUUGGGGGACUUCUUUUAUGAUGUGGAGCUGAAGAACAUCACCUUUGUUACUGGUGUUCUCACUGUGGAGGAGAGCAAUGCCAGAGGCCUCAUUGUCCAGGAGCACAUCUACACCAAUGGCACAAAGGGCUUCUCUUUACAAGUGGCCUUCGAUGCCGAUGUCGUCCUGAAGACCAAUCCUGAACCCUUGGUUACAACCUACUCUCUCCCUUUGACCAUUGGGUUGCUCAUCCUGCCUGAUGGAACUUCCUUUGCUCAUGAGGUGACACUGCAGGCGUCUCUGCAGGAUGUUGUGCUGCCUGCACUUACUGGCACCUGUGAUCAGAAGCACUUUUACAUCAGGGUGAAAUAUGGCAGUCAAGGCCGUAAUUUUGAGACCACGGUUGGAACGCGACAGCUAACCCCCGACCUGGAUAAAGCCUACAAGGUGCAGGAAAACCGCACACACUUGCACCUCAGAGUGCCCUACAAUGCCCAAGACUCAAACUUUGAGCUGGUUUCCUCAGUUUCCAUCCAAGCCAGACUUGACAUCGUGCUCUGGGAACCAAACAAUCAGUGGGUGCUUGGUGACCUCUCCCUGGCCUGCAGCUUCCCCUUGAUGACGACUAAAUGCUAUCCUAAUGGAACAAUAACAGCAGUGGCUGUGAAGCUGGAAUCUGUGCCCAGUCUCGUCCCAAGUCAGCUAACUUUGAAGGACCGGUCUUGUAGACCAGUUUUCAGCAACGAUCGCUUUGCCCACUUUUCUUUCUCUGCAGAUUCAUGUGGAACAAGUAGAACAUUCUUUGACAACCACAUGCUUUAUCAAAAUGAGAUCAGCCUUUAUCAUAAGGUGACAGCAAAAACAUCACCUGCUGAACCUGGGUACAAGCAAACAAUCUACUGCUACUACAUGGUCAACAAAACACAAACUGUUGCAUUCAGUCACAAACCAAGGAGCUAUGAUCCUAAAGCAGAAAUUGGGACAGGGCUGCUAAUGGUGCAAAUGAGGCAAGCCCAGGAUGCUGCUUAUCAGCACUUUUACAAAGCUGAAGAUUAUCCACUGAAGAAAUACCUGAGAGACCCCCUGUUUUUCGAGGUGGUGCUGAUGCAGUCAACAGACCCCCAGUUGGAGCUCAUCGUGGAGAACUGCUGGGCUACUCUUCAAGAAGACAGGACAUCUGUACCCCAAUGGGACAUCAUUGUGAACAGUUGUGAGAAUCGCGAUGACACCCAUGUGACAGUCUUCCAUCCAGUUAAGGAUAAUAUUGCCAUGCCAUCCCACGUCAAACGCUUCUCUAUGAGGAUGUUCACCUUCACCAAUGACAACGAAGUUCUGAGAGAUCAGAUCUAUGUGCACUGUGAUGCAGUGAUUUGUAAUACAAAUGGCCCACCAGAUGGCAUCUGCAGAGGCCAGUGUGUGCAUCCCACAGGCGCAAAGGUGUUCAGACAACAGGGCAUUGACAUGUGA